CUCUGGAAGCCUUUAAUGUGGCGACUGCAGGAAACGGUCUUGAUUUCUGAAUACCUAUUCUUAUUAUUAUUUCUUUCUUUUAUUAGGAAAAUAAAGCAAUCAGAAGAAAACCACACAUUAUCAGUUGAAGAAGUGACUGGAGAAACCGAGAAACCGCUGGCUGUAGCUGAGGAUACGCAAUCUUCGGUCCCGUUCCGGCGCUCCGUGUUCUCUCCCAUCUUUCUGUGGAGUCUGAUCACUAUGGGAAUGACUCAGUUAAGAAUCAUCUUCUUUAUGGGAGCCAUGAACAAGAUGGUUGAGUUCCUGGUCACCCACGGAGAGAAUCACCCCUCUGAAGAACUGGCGCAUGAGGCUGAGGAGACAGUGAGCUACUACUCGUCCAUCUUUGGCACGCUGCAGCUCUUGUGUCUGGUCACCUGUCCUCUGAUCGGAUACAUCAUGGACUGGAAGAUGAAAGAGUGUGAGGUGGAUCAGAAGACAGAACAGGGAGACAAGGAAGCUGUUGCGGUACCGAAGCGUGACAGAAAGAUCCAGAAGCUGACCAAUGCCAUGAGAGCCUUCAUCUUCACAAAUUUGCUGCUGAUUCUGUUUGGAAUCCUCUCACUCAUAGAUAACCUGCCUCUACAGAUUCUGACGUUCAUUUUGCAUACUAUGGUACGAGGUUUCAUUCACUCCUGUUGUGGAGGACUGUAUGCUGCUGUGUACCCGUCCAAUCAUUUUGGUACCCUUACUGGGCUGCAGUCUAUGAUCAGUGCCGUGGUGGCCCUGCUGCAGCAGCCCCUCUUUAUGGUUAUGGUGGGACCUCUGAAUGGAGAUGCGUACCGGAUCAACGUGGGGCUUCUGAUCCUCUCAUUUGCCGGUUUCCUGUUGCCGGGCUACUUGUACUACCAUCGCAGACAGCUUAUUCAGAUGAAGGCCAGAGGAAAAGCGAAAGGACUCACUCCUGUUGAGAAUCAAGCUCUAAACCAACCGCUAGCCAACGGACACAGCAACGGUCACGUCUUGCAAGAAGCCUAACUCAAUAACGGAUCAUCACAGGACCGUCACGGGACUUUUGACAUUUCAGCCCGCUAUGGACAAGCCUACCGUUUUUCACAUCCUUCUAUUAACACACAGCCCUUUCUUUUGUUGUAUAAGAGACAUUGGGCUGAUGGCUGCAGAAGCAGACAUCAGAUCAGUAUUGUCUUGUUUGAUGUUCAGCCGACACGUACGAGUAUUUAUAUUGAAAAUCUGGAAAUCUGCCUGCGAAACGAAUGCUAUGUUUUUAAAAGAAAUAUUUAUUGAACUGCGCACACGUUGGCUGUGAUUAAUGGACAUGAACUACCUCAGCCAAUGGAGCGGCGUCUGUCUGUUCAGCGUCUUCACCAAAGAGAAAGAUUGAUGAUUGAUUGAUUGAUUGAUUGAUUGAUUGAUUGAUUGUAUUAGUGUUUGUUUUUCUGUCUUUUGAAAACUUGAGAAACAGUCAACACAAGCAUUUCAGCUGCCACCAAAGACACUGCUAAUGGAGAUUUUUAAACUUCAGGUUCACUACAUUAUCCCCCGGUUUCACAGACAAGGCUUAAGCCUAGUCCUAGACCAAAAUGUAAGUCUGAAAUGUUUUAACUGAAAGAAACUUGCACUGACUGAUCUUAAAAUAUAUCAGUGCCUUUGUUUUGUCUUAAGAUUCACACCAGUAAUGUUUUUCCUAAGACACGUUUAUGAAAAUGACUUACAUGUCCUAACUGAACUAUGACCUAAUCCUGGCUUAGGCUAAGCCCUGUCUGUGAAACCGGGCCUAAGUGUUUAUCUCAAAGCUAAAACAUUUCAGGCAGAUUUAACAAGAUUUUUAUUAACCAACAGAAAUUAAUUUGUGUGUGUGCAUUUAGCUUUUUCUGUGCAUUUUAGUUUCAUAGACACUGAAAGGGAAAUGUAUUUUUGUAUUUCUGUAAUCGUGAGUCUUAUAUGUGCUCUGUAAAUAAUGCAACGUGUAUUCGUGUUUGCUUUUAUGUGCAGUAAGCUCGCGGGAUGGGUUGAUGUUGUUGUUGUUUUUUUUUUUUGUUUUUUUUUUAAAAGGUCAGGGUGCGGCCGUGAGGAACUGAUGGUAUGCUUACAGCAGUUUUUCUUUCAGAUGUCAAUAUGCAUUUUUUGUUUUGUGUGAGACUCCAGUGCCUUAUGUUAUUGAACGUCAAUUUCAAAUCUCACCACGAGAGAUACGGGAAACCAAAGCCAUUUGUGCAUAUAUGGAUGCAAUAAAGCCAGUGAAGAAUGUAUGAGAGGGAUAAAGUGUCCCUGUACAGAGUGCAAAAAACGUCAGAUUUGAAAUGCCAAACACAAUAAAAUAUGUAGACAUUC